AUGGUCCCUAGAUCCCGGGGAAACCUCGUGCAAAGCGGACUAGCCGCUGGGAUAGAGCGGGGGUGGGUGUGGACGGUUCCCGGCGGACGAAAGGAACAGGCGCGAGGAGCAGGGACGAGCACGCAAUGGAAGCCUCGGCCACGGCUCGGCAUGCGCACAUCGCACUCGAGCACCAGGCAAAGAGGAGCCAGUGACAAUCAUCAGCCCGUGAUGGGUAGCGUGACCCUCAAGAAGCAGGAAGAGGCCAAGCAGGGUCUUUUCGACAUUGAAGAUCUUGAGAUCCUGCGGGGGAGAUGGCGGAAGGUUGAGGCGGCACGGGGGCGGGCUGCGGGGAGUGCUGUCGCUCUCGACAAGUCCCCUGCUGUCCGCAGCAUCGAGUCGAUCACUGCAGAAUCGAUUUCGCUGCAUGCGAAAAAGCGUAUGCGAAGAAGCGAAUCCAAGCAAGGUGGAGCAGAUCAGGGCCAGGGCACUGGAGUUCGGCCUCGUGCCACCAGGCGGUUCGGCGCAAUCACGGCCGUGUCUCUUGCAUCAAGUCGAAGCGGCAAUGUCUAUCGCGCGGAGAAUCUGCCGGGAGCGAUGGCCUGCCUUUCUGAUCGACUCGACGCUUCAGGACACAGCUCAAUGCCUGCUGCCUCGUUCUGA